AUGCUACAGCGAUUGUUGCGCGAUGCAUGUGGUGCCGUGACAUUCAAGAUAGUCCCAUUCUACCGCAAUGCUCCACCAGCAUGUGAAAUAUUUGUCAGAGCUCAAUUUGACUAUGAUCCGGGUGAAGAUGACUUGAUUCCAUAUUCACAGGCCGCUCUUGGAAAUGGUAGUUCCAGUGGUACUACGGGUGCCUUAGUUGCUGGUUUAAUACCAUCACUGGAAUUGCAGAAAUGGAGAAUUGCUUACUUGGCUAUGGAACAAGCUAGAGACAAUAGUUAUUUGAUAAUUUUGAAUGUGAAUGACGAAUUCUUAUUUAGCUCAUUGUAUGUGGCUCAACAAGAAGAAAAAAUAUUACACAAUCAAAUGGUACGUUUGGCAGCUUACAGACAUAAAACGUUGGUAUUGCUGGAUGCUCGUGGUGUUGGCCGAAGGCACAUAAAAAAUACACUUAUUCAUAGGCAUCCACAAAGGUUUGACUAUCCUAUUCCGCAUACAACAAGGCAGCGAAAUUGA